UUAUUCCCUAGGUCCAAGCGGUCUAAUAUUUCAAUAAAAGAAUGCAUAUUUGAACUUCCGAGUCUGACAGUUCAGGCAACAAGAGCCCAGACUUUUCUAAUGCAAGCUAUUUGGCAAAGUUGGGCUUAUAUUGGAAAUGCCAGUUUACCAGUUAUGAAUGAAGCUUUAGUGAAUGAGGUCUUCCAAACAUCAGGUGUGAAAUCUAAGAAUCCCCUGCCAACUCUUGAGGGCUCAAUCCAGAAUGUUGAAUUGAAGUACUGCAGCACAUCAUUGGUCAAAUGUGCCUCUGGGACCAUGGGAUCAAUAAAAAUUUGUGCCAAAGCCCCAGGUGAUGGAGGGAAGGAGAAGCUGAUCCCUUUAAUUCAAGGCCCAUCUGAUACCAGAGACUUGCACAGCAGCAAGUGGCUCAAUGAAAGUAGAAAGCCUGAGUCUUUGCUUGCUCCAGAUUUGUUAGCCUUCACAAUUCAGAUUCCGCAGCCUAAGGAUUACAGCUAUAGUUCUGGAACAGUGCUUUUGGCCAGUGUGCAGGGAUUAACAGUAAACAUUGAUCCUGUUUUAUAUACUUGGCUCUUGUACCAGCCUCAGAAACGUAGCAGCAGACCUAUGCAGCAGCCUGGAUCUGUUUCUCUUGGGACACCAGUAACCAGGAAAAAAGAGGAUGAGGUGUCAGUUGGAAGCACACCUUUGGCUAAGCAACAAUCAAAUCAGGCCUCUGAAUAUGCCAGCAGCCCUGUCAAAACAAAAACUGUAACAGAAUCACGACCUUUAUCAGUUCCAGUAAAAGCAAUGCUGAACUUGUCUGAAAGCUGCAGCAAAAGUCCUGAGGAAAGAAUGAAAGAAUUUAUUGGCGUAGUGUGGAAUGCAGUUAAGCGCCUUACACUUCAGCUUGAAGUGCAAUCUUGUUGUGUAUUCAUUCCAAAUGACAGUCUACCAUCUCCUAGUACAAUUGUAUCUGGUGAUAUUCCUGGAACUGUUCGCAGUUGGUAUCAUGGUCAGGCUAAUAUGCCUGGAACACUGGUUCUUUGCUUACCGCAGAUAAAAAUUAUGAGUGCAGGUCACAAGUACAUGGAGUCCUUGCAAGAGAUUCCUUUUGUUGUACAAAGACCCAUUCUUGAAGAAGGUGAUGCAUUCCCUUGGACAAUAAAUCUGAAUCAUUUCAGUGUAUAUACACUGCUUGGACAGCAAAUGACUCUCAAUAUAAUAGAACCUAUGGGUUGCACUUCUACUCUGGCAGUCACUUCACAAAUGCUGCUUGCUGCGGGGCCUGAACCAAAACACUCGUUUGUUGUAUGUCUUCACGUUGAUCUUGAGUCACUUGAAGUAAAAUGCUCAAAUCCUCAGGUGCAAUUGCUGUAUGAACUAACAGAUACAGUGAACAAAGUCUGGAAUAAGAUUCAAAGGAAAGGAAUUUUGCAUCAGUCUCUGGCCUAUGCAGAAUCUGUUUCAGGACCUCCACCUCCUAGCUCCCCUGUUAAAAGUAGCAUUGGAACAGCUCCACCAGAUACCAGCACGUGUAGUCCAUCUGCUGACAUGGGGACAACUACAGAGGGUGAGUCUCUGCAAGGAGGUGAUGAUUCCCCAUUCUCAGACUCUGUCACCCUGGAACAAACAACAAGUAGCAUUGGCAUAUCAAGUGGCCGUGUUAGUUUAUGGAUGCAAUGGAUGCUACCAAAACUCACUGUAAAGUUAUUUGCACCAGAUCCAGAAAAUAAAGGCACAGAGAUUUGUGUUGUUGGUGAGUUGGAAGACCUAAGUGCUUCAGUAGAUGUACAAGAUGUCUAUACUAAAGUCAAGUGUAAAAUAGAAAGCUUCAACAUUGACCACUACAGAAACAGACCAGGAGAAGGGUGGCAUUCUGGACUUUUUGAAGGCAUAUUUCUACAAUGCAAAGAAAAGCUUGUGGCAACUGCAAAGCUUUUGGAUGGUUCCCAUCAACAGCAUGGGUUCCUCUCACUGACUUACACAAAGGCAGUCACAAAAAAUGUCCGUCACAAAUUAAUAUCAAGGAAUGAACGAAGAACUGUCCAUAAACUAUCUGAAAGUUUUUCUGAUGGUUCUCCUCAUUUCCUUCAUGAGAUCCUUCUUUCGGCUCAGGCAUUUGAUGUUGUUGUCUGCCUCCCUUUUCUCAAUGCAAUUGCAAAUAUUUUUCAAGCAAAACUCCCAAGGAGCCAAAAAGAUAAAAGAAAAUCACCAGGCCAGCCUAUGAGGACACAUCGCCUCACAUCUCGCAAUUUGCCACUGAUUUAUAUCAAUACAGGGGUAAUCAGAAUCUUCUUUCCAAAAAUGGAGGAUAUGCAGCAAAAGAUAUUAGAUAAUAAGACAAAUAAGGAAGAUACUUUGGUACUCAAAAUUGGUUCUGUACUGAUGGCUCCUCAAGCUGACAAUCCUCUUAGUAGAGUUGUACUGAGGAAAGACAUUUAUCAGAGAGCCCUGAACCUGGGAAUUCUUCGAGAUCCCGGAUCAGAGGUUGAAGACAGACAAUAUCAGAUAGACCUUCAAGCCAUCAACAUUGGUACUGCUCAGUGGGAUCAGUUGAAGCCAGAGAAGGAGAAUGGUAAAAGCAGGGCAGUGCCAGAGAAUGAAAGGAAUUCUCAGAAUCCAGCACUUGAAUGGAAUAUGGCCAGUAGCAUAAAGCGACAUCAAGAAAGAAGAGCUAUAUUAACUCCAAUAUUAACAGACUUCACAGUACGAAUAACUGCAGCUCCUGCUAUAAUUUUCACAAAAGUAAUUUCACCAGAGAAUUUGCAUACAGAGGAAAUUUUAGUAUGUGGCCAUUCUUUGGAAGUGAAUAUGACAACAAGCCUGGACUUCUUCCUCAGUGUGGCCCAAGUACAGCUCUUACAGGAAUUAAUACAAGUUAAUAUGGUUGGAUUGGGACCAUCCAAUAAAGCAGCAGAGGUUUCCAAAUGGGAACAGAAAAAAAUGGAUGCAUCUGAUGGCAGUAUGGUUGAAACAUCUUCACGUUAUAGUGGAGCCCAGGACAGUGGCAUUGGCAGUGACAGUGUUAAAAUCAGAAUCGUCCAAAUAGAACAACACAGUGGCACCAGCCAACACCGCAUUGCCCGUCCUUCCCGGCAGUCUUCUAUUGUAAAGAACCUGAACUUUAUACCAUUUGACAUAUUUAUUACAGCAAGCCGAAUCUCCUUUAUGACUUAUUCAUGCACUGUUUUACCUAAACCAAAGCCAGUGGAAGAUCCGAAAGAAACUGAGAAAAUAACCAACAGUUCACCGAUCCAUUCAGAAUCCACUGUUCUUGACUGCAAGAAACCUGUUGGAGCAGGCAUUUCAUCAAUAACAGCAGAUGAUCUCCUGAACAGUAACACUUUAUUAUCCUCUGCAAAAACAACAGGACUUAUUUCCUUGGAAACUCUUCAUGCUUCUACAAGAUCAUCAGCUAGGCAGGCCUUGGGUAUAACUGUUGUCCGACAACCUGGCCGCAGAGGAUCUGCUGACUUAAAGUUAGAGCCAUUUUUGCACCUUGUUGUAUCCCAACCAUCUUUGCUCUUAAGUUGUCAUCACAGAAAACAGAGGGUGGAAAUAUCUGUGUUUGAUGCUGUCCUUAAAGGUGUAGCAUCAGACUACAAGAGCACAGAUCCUGGAAAAACACUCCCAGAAACUCUUGACUACAGCAAGACAUGGUUGCAAACAGUAGCAGGAGAAAUAGAUGCUAAAAGUGGCAUCCCACCUCCUCUCAUCACAUUGCAGGUUAAAGAUUUCCUUAAUGGUCCAGCUGUAACUCUAAAACCAGUCACUGAUCACCACAAUGAGAAGAAGGAAGUCCUUGAACACUGUCACAUGAUGCCUGCAUUCAGAGAAAGUGUGCAUACUGAUUACACAAAUCAUCCCUUGGUUUUUGGCAGGGACGAAUUAAGGAAUCAACCUGGGCAGCUGAGAGGAAACUUAAGAAAUAUGCACAUUAUUUCCAACAAAGCAAAAUGCUAUUGUUGUGUUUUAGAAAGUCAAUUACAGAAAUCACAGUUCUUAAUUAUUUUUUCCAUUUGUACACUAGGUAUAAUUAACGGAUCAUCAUUUAUGGUUGACAUCAGUGAUUUCCUUAUUAAGACAAGUCUCCAGGAAAAAAGCAGAACUCUGGUUGGACCUGUUUGUUCUUCUGUCACUGUAGAAGCCAAAUGGUGUAAACACAGUGGUAAUCCUGGUCCAGAGCUGUCGGUUCCAAAAGUCUCUGUUGAUGUGAGAGGUGGCCUGCUGCAGGUUUUCUGGGGACAAGAACAUUUGAACUGCUUGGUCCUUCUGCAUGAACUUCUGCAGAGUUACCUUGUACAAGAAGACAGUGCGGAGGGGCAGAACAUGGAUCAAAUCUAUCCAGUGCAGAUUCCCACAGACAGAAAUCUUUUUUCUAAAACUGAACAUACUUCAGAUGAUUUGCGAACAGGCAUGUUUCAAUACAUACAAGAUACAGAAGCACAGAGGUUACCCGGUGCCUAUGAAGUUGUGUUUUACAAUGAAACUGAGGAUAAUCCAGGAAUGAUGCUAUGGAGAUAUCCAGAACCCAGAGUGCUAACUCUUGUGAGAAUCACUCCAGUUCCUUUUAAUACCACUGAAGACCCAGAUAUUAGCACUGCAGACCUUGGAGAUGUUCUUCAGAUUCCCUGCAGCUUGGAAUACUGGGAUGAGCUUCAGAAGUCAUUUGUUGCUUUCAGAGAAUUCAGUCUAUCAGAAAGCAAAAUUUGUGAGCUGUCACUGCCUAGUAUCAACCAAAUGUCUGACCAGAAAGAGCUUGUAGCGUCAGAUCUUUGGAGAAUUGUCCUGAACAGCAGCCAGAAUUCUGGGGACGACCAAAGCUCUGAAAGUGAAUCAGGCUCACAAAGUGCUUGUGAUCAGCUUGUAACUCCUACUGCAUUAGCAGCCUGUACCAGGGUGGAUUCAUGCUUUACUCCCUGGUUUGUGCCUGCCCUUGGGGUUUCAAUCCAGUUUGCUCAUUUGGAACUUCACCUUUGCCACCAUUUGGAUCAGCUGGGCACAGUGUCACCAAAGUUUCUUCAUCCAUUUAUAUCUGAUAAAAGUGUGCCUUCUGAACUAGAAUAUUCAAUCAUUUCUUUCAAAGACCCACAUAUAUAUUUGAGACAGUGGAGUGAUGGAUCAGUCUUCAAGGAGAUCCAGUUCUCUGCUAGGAUUGACUGCAAACUUUUAGAAUAUAGAAAUGCAACAAUGCAGGCUGUUGUAAAGCCAUUUGGCAUAUUUGGGCAGGUUGCGGUUUCUGGCAAUUUAAUAGAAAAAUUACUAGAUGGACAUGUGAUGGUGGAUCCCAUAUUCAUCAGUUUUGGGCAACAUACUGUUCACUCUCUGCAUAAAACUAUUCAAGCUUGGCAACAGAACCAGUGCCCUGAGGCAGAAGAGUUGGUCUUCAGCCAUUUUGUAAUCUGUAAUGACACACAGGAGACACUGCGGUUUGGCCAGGUGGACACUGACGAAAAUGUUUUGCUGGCUAGCCUCCACAGUCACCAGUACAGCUGGCGCUCUCACAAGUCCCCACAGCUGCUACAUAUCUGUAUUGAAGGCUGGGGAAAUUGGCGGUGGUCUGAGCCAUUUAGUUUAGAUAAUGCAGGAACAUUUAUCAGAACUAUUCAGUACAAGGGAAGGACAGCAUCCCUUAUUAUCAAGGUCCAGCAGCUGAAUGGAGUGCAAAAACAAAUCAUUAUUUGUGGAAGGCAGAUUGUGUGUAGCUACCUCUCUGGAAGCAUUGAGUUGAAAGUUGUUCAGCAUUAUAUUGGGCAGGAUGGGCAGGCAGUUGUGAAGGAGCAUUUUGACUGCCUUGCACCCCAGCAGAAGUUACCAUCAUAUGUCCUAGAAAAUAAUGAACUAACAGAACUGAGUGUGAAGGCUAAAGGGGAUGAAGACUGGUCAAGAGAUGUGUCGCUUGAAUCUAAACACACUGAAUACAGCACAGUCAUCCAGGUGCCAUCGUCAAACAGUUCCAUUAUUUAUGUAUGGUGUAUGGUUUUGACAUUAGAGGCCAACUCACAAGUCCAGCAACGAAUUAUUGUUUUCAGCCCUCUUUUUAUCAUGAGGAGCCAUCUUCCAGAUCCCAUCAUCAUACAUUUAGAAAAACGGAGCCUUGGACUGAACGAAAUACAAAUUAUUCCAGGAAAAGGGCAAGAAAAAUCACUCCAAAAUAUAGAGCCUGAUCUAACCCAUCACCUGACCUUCCAAGCCAGGGAAGAAGAUGAUCCAUCUGAAUGUGCAGUCCCUAUCUCAACAGCACUGAUUAAGCAAAUAGCCACUAAAUCAAAUACAAGUGGCACAGCAAAUGAAAUACUUGCUGAUUUUUAUGGGUGUGACAACUUCCCCCAGUCUACAUGGCCUUAUACAAAGAAGGAUUUUGUCAGCAGUGAACAGCUCACUCAGUGGGAUAGCCCAAUGAGAGUGAAACUGUCGGUGUGGAAGCCAUGUGUGAAAACGCUGCUGAUAGAACUACUGCCAUGGGCUCUGUUGAUUAAUCACUCCAAGUGGGAUCUUUGGUUGUUUGAAGGCGAGAAGAUAGUCCUGCAGAUACCUGCUGGGAAAACAAUGAUACCUCCAAAUUUUCAGGAAGCUUUCCAAAUUGGAAUAUACUGGGCAAACACUAAUACUGUGCACAAGUCAGUAGCAAUCAAGCUAGUACACAACAUGACAUCACCAAAAUGGAAGGAUGGUGACACUGAGGAGGUGGUGACAUUGGAUGAAGAAGGCUUUGUUGAAGCUGAGAUAAAACUUGGAGCCUUUCCUGGACAUCAGAAGUUGUGUCAGUUCUGCAUUUCUUCUAUUGUUCAGCGUGGCAUUCAAAUACUCCAGAUUGAAGAUAAGACUAUUAUUGUCAAUAACACUCCAUACACGAUCUAUUAUAAGCCACAGCUAUCUAUUAUGAAGUACCAGCUGAGAGAGGAGUUCUUACAGGUGCCAGACAGUAGUACAUUCAGCAUGUGCUCAGCUGCAGAGUCAGACACUGCCAAAGCAAUGUCAAUUCUUUUCUGGGAUUUGACGUGUGACAUUAGCCAACCAGUUUCUGAUUUGUUCCCUCUUCAAAAGUACCUGUUACUAAGCUUCACACAGAGCAUAAAUAGCCAAGCCAUUCCAUGCUGGAGCCCACCAAUUGUCAUUAGGCAGGAAUUUCCAAGGCAAAGCAUAGCUAUACCUGUUGGUGGCAGGGAUGAACAUGGUUUCUGUACCAGGGCUAUAGCACUGACUUAUCAAGAACAUCUUGGGGUUACAUACUUAACUCUGUCUGAAGAUCCUAGUCCUCGUAUAAUUAUCCACAACAGGUGUCCUGUCUCAUUGCUUGUAAAAGAAAACAUCAAAGACACACCAAAGUUUGAUGUUUACUGCAAGCAUGUUCCAGCUGAAUGUUCAGUACACCAUGAGCUUUAUCAUCAAGUCUCCAACUAUCCAGAUUGCAAAACGAAAGAUCUUGUACCCAACAUCGUUUUGAAAGUUGUAUCAUCAGAGGAAUUAACAAAUGAAUGGAGUGAUUUUGUGGACAUUAAUAACCAAGGCACACAGAUUGUGUUCUUAACUGGCUUUGGCUAUGUUUAUGUGGAUAUUGCUCAUCAGUGUGGGACAAUAAUGAUCACUUUGGCACCUGAAGGAAGACCAGGACACCAAGACAUUUUGAACAGAACUCAAGAGCAGAGCCUCACACUUAAAAUGUUCAUUAGUCAGCUGAGCCUAACUGUGUAUGAUGACAUAACAAACCCGAAAAUAUCAUCUGAGCUUCUACAGUUCACAGCGGACCACAUUUACCUUCACAUGAUUCCAGUUGCCAGCUGCCUUCGACCUCUAUCUCACGAAUUUCAUGGAGAAGUCACCAGUGACCUUCAGCAGUUUUAUACUCUCCAGGUCUAUUGUGGAGACUUGCAGUUGGACAAUCAACUUUACAACAAAUCCAACUUUCAUUUUCCAGUCUUGCUAUGCCAGGGAGAGAAAAAUGAAACCAUACAGUGGACCAAAGGGCACAACCUUAUGGUAUCCAAUAAAGAUCUGGAAGAAUAUAAUGAAAACUCCUUCAUUAAGCUCUGCCUCACUUUGUCAGAAGAGCAGAAUUUGCUGUUUCAUGUGAAUGACCUCAGCUUUGAAAUGAAGCCAGCCAGGUUAUAUGUGGAAGACACAUUUGUUUAUUACAUUAAGACUUUAUUUGAGACCUACCUGCCAGAUGGAAAAGCCAUUUACCAUCCCACAAACGGCUCAGCUCUUAGCCAGAUACUGCCUGAACAUGUUAGGCAGCAUGCAAAUGCUUUAGUCAAUCCAGUGAAAUUGAGGAAGUUAGCAAUCCAACCAGUUAGUCUCCUGGUCAGCAUCCAUGCCUCGUUGAAGCUAUAUAUAGCUUCAGAUCACACUCCUCUUUCUUUCUCUGUAUUUGAACGUGGACCCAUUUUCACAACCGCCAGGCAGCUCAUUCAUGCAUUGGCCAUGCAUUAUGCUGCAGGAGCAUUAUUCAGAGCAGGGUGGGUUGUUGGCUCUCUGGAAAUUCUUGGCAGCCCGGCCAGUUUGGUAAGAAGCAUAGGAAGUGGGAUAGCUGACUUCUUCAGACUUCCAUAUGAAGGGCUGACCCGGGGUCCUGGAGCCUUUGUUAGUGGAGUUUCCAGAGGAACUACAUCAUUUGUAAAGCACAUUUCCAAAGGUACACUAACAUCCAUAACCAACUUGGCAACAAGCCUUGCAAGAAAUAUGGAUAGGCUGUCACUGGAUGAAGAGCAUUAUAACAGACAAGAAGAAUGGAGGAGGCAACUUCCUGAGAAUCUGGGAGAAGGCUUGCGACAAGGCCUCUCUCGACUGGGCAUCAGCCUCCUAGGUGCGAUUGCUGGUAUUGUAGAUCAGCCAAUGCAGAACUUCCAGAAAACAUCAGAGGCCCAGGCUUCAGCUGGACACAAGGCCAAAGGUGUUAUCUCUGGUGUAGGAAAAGGAAUUAUGGGGGUUUUUGCUAAGCCCAUUGGAGGAGCAGCAGAGCUUGUCUCUCAGACAGGCUAUGGUAUUUUGCAUGGAGCUGGACUUUCUCAGCAUCCUAAACCACGUUAUCCUCCAAGUGAUCAACAUGCUGAGCAGGCACCAAACAGUCACGUCAAAUAUGUCUGGAAAAUGCUUCAGUCUCUUGGGAGACCAGAAGUUCACAUGGCCUUGGAUGUGGUCAUUGUGAGUGGAUCAGGCCAAGAACAUGAAGGAUGCUUGCUGCUUACCUCAGAGGUGCUGUUUGUGGUUAGUGUCAGUGAAGACACACAGCAACAAGCCUUUCCAGUGACGGAAAUUGAAUGUCUACAAAACAGUGAACAAAACAACCUGCUGAAGGUGCAACUCAAACAGCAAAGAGUUCCUUGUGAUUUGGAGGCAGAUGGAAUUAGAGAAAGAUUGUCUGAACAACAGUACAACAGACUUGUGGACUACAUUUCAAAAGCAUCCUACCAUUUUGUACCUGGCACUUUAUCUCUUCAAACCACAGGUCACAUUGUAGCUGCAGAACCAGUUCCUACAACUGUUAAGACUUAUCACUAUCUUGUUGAUUCUGUUUUUGCUCAAGUAUUCAUCAGUAAAUUUACUAUGGUAAAAAAUAAAGCUUUGAGAAGGGGGUUUAACUAAGAACAGUGUGGAAAGAAUUAAGUUUCUUUUUUUAAAUAUCUUCUAUGCAGUGGCCUAAUGUGAAUUUCUAAUUUCACAUCACAUGAAACAGAUGUGUUUAAUCUUGGUGGGCUGGUAUAGUGAAGUAGCACAACUUUUUUUUAAUGAGGGUAUAUAUUGUUAUAUCCAGCCUGUAUAGAAUAUGGUGAUUCCUGAUAUCUUGAUAUGAGGCAAAACUGGGAAAUAUUAAACUGAUCCAUUAAUCUUUGUGGAAAGGUAAGCUGCCAAGUAAAGGAAAAUGUAGCAGCCCUUUAAGAUAGUGAAAAUCCUUUAUCCUUUCUUUUAACUGGAAAACAUACAAAGACUGAUAAGAGUAACUCUGCAGACCAAAACAUUCUUGUCCCACAAAGAAUAUCCCUGUUUGAUCAAUCCUAUUUUAGGGUAUGCCAGUUUUCUAUAAAUAAGCAAGGUUAUAACUCAGCUGUAAAAACUUGCUCAGGGCUGAAAUUUUUACUCCAAGUGCUCCAUCCUAUAGCAAAACAUUUCCUCCCAUGCAAUCUGAAAGCACUGAAGUGUCUGUUUUAAGUUACUAGUGACAGCUGGGUUUCAGCAUUAUAAUAGCUUUCUUAAUUUGAUUGAAAUCUUGCAGGACUUUAGUCCUUACUAUGUACUAGUGCCUUUGUGUAGUUUGGAAAGCAAAUUGGUUAAGCAUAGCAUUAAUUUAUUUUUGAAACUUCCUGUCCGUAAGAACCUUAUUUGCCCAGUCAGAUUUAUCUUAAGACUUUUGAAUGUAUAUGCUAUUGAGGGUUGUAUGGCAAUACAUAAGUAUGCAAGAAUUGUCACUGAUUAUUAUAGUGGGACCAUUAAUAUGCAUUGUGUAAAGUCAGUGUUCUCUGUCAAGUGUACCAAAAAACACAAAAACCCAACAACAAAAAAAGAAACUACAGACUUAAUUAAAAUUCAGUCAGUGAUCAAAGAUGGAAAGUAGUGAGACAACUAGUAGUACAUAGCAAGAUUUACUCUGAAGUAAUGUGCUUUGAAUAGUAAUAUUGAUUUCAAAAGACCAUUCGGCCUAGAUACUUCAUUAAUUUCUCCUGAAGCCUAUCUUUAAUGAGUACACACAAUUUAAACUCUUUUUGAAUAUUUCUAUCUGUAAAAUAUUUAGAAAUUAAGACAUUCAGAGUUGAAUAAAUGUUGAUUUAACCGUAUCUGUGAAGAUAUGUUAAUGUUAGACCUGUUUUGCACUUUAUAAUGACUCAUGAUCUUACCUGCGUGGUCUAGAAGUCAAUGUAUCAAUAACUUUCAGAUGGUCACCACCAUCUAAACUCAAAAACACAUUUCAAAAGGGAGGGAUCCAUACUCCAGUACUCUCGUGGAUAAGAAGUCACUUGGUUUUUUUAAAACAGAACUGUUUCCCUUCCUUUAAUGGAAACACCCAUAUAUGAAAAAAAGAACCACAGUGGAACUGCUAAAAGUGGGGAUGGAAAGUAUGCUUUCUAAGUGAAAGCUUCUAUAACCUUAUCUAAAUCAUCACUAUGAAAAAAAAAAUAAAUUUGUAAUUGGAUUAGCAGGAUUAUGGUCCAUUGCCUAUCUAUAUAUAAGGCUACAUUUCUCAAUGAAGUAAUCCACCUGAUUUGAUUUCUCACAGUUGAAGUUCUGCCAUCUGCAUGUGCUAGUAUUGGGUGUUCUCAGACAAAUAAUGUGGAUUUGUUGCAGGCACUUCAGAUUUGGACUGUAGCAUCAGUGUUGCCAUAACAUCUAUGAAAUGGGAUCAGCAGGCAUCAGUCUACUUUAUGUUCUUGGCUACCAGCUUGUUUCUGCUUUAAAAUUCUUGUCCCCUUGGCUCAGCUUUUUCAGGACAGAAAGUUGAUAUAGAAACAAAGCAAGGGGUCUCCCAGGCUAUCUAGUCUGACCCCCGACUCCAGCCAUCUCCACUCAUGUAAUCCCCGACAUAUGGUUAUCUAAUCUUUCCUUGGAACAUCCUCACUGAUGAUGGGGCCUCAACCCCCUCCUUCGGAAGCCCAUUCCAUAUCCUAGGGGUCCUAAGUGUCAGGAAGUACUUCCUGACAUCCAAUGUGAAGCCUGGUUCCUUGACUGGAAGGCAUCCUGCCUGCCACUGUGGGGAAAACCAAUUCACAGCUCUUCUCCACAUGACAUCCCCUCACAUACAAGUUGCUGAAAGAUCCCCAGUCUGAAAAGGCCCAGUUCCCUCAAUCUCUCCUCCUAUGUCAUCCUUCCCAACCUGCCAACCAUCUUGUAACCCUAUGCCAAACUAUUCCAACCUAGCUAUCUCUCUCCUAUAACAAGGAGCUCAGAACUGGAUACAGAACUUAAGUUGAGGGUCCCCCGAAGUUGUGUAAAGCAGUAUCAACAGCUCCCUAGAUCUGGAGGCCACACUUGUGGCAAGGGUGGCAAUUGCCCUAACUGCCACAUCACACUGCUGACUCAUGUUCAGCCUGCUGUCAACAAGUACCCCGAAAUCCUAUUCACAUGUGCUGCUCUCCCCAUCCUGGACUUGUGAAACCUACUCCUGUGUUCCAAGUGCAAAAACUUGCACUUACCCACAUUGACUACCAUCCUGUUGCCCCCCGCCCACUUCUACAGCCUGUCCAGAUCCUUCUGGAUCUAGAUCACCUGCUCCUCAGUUGUGGCCACCACCCCCACUUUGGUAUUGCCCAUGAAUUUAGCCAGCAGACUGGUUAUCUCUUCCUCCAGGUCACUGAUAAAAAGGCUGAACAGAAAUGAGCCCUGCUGGACUCCACUUGUCACUGGCUGAUGAUUCCCCACUAAUAGUCACCCUCUGCUUGCAGUCCAUCAGACAGUGUACCAAUCUGUCACAAAGCUCAACAAUUUCUCAAGCAGGAUAUCAUACAGCACUUUGUCAAAGGCCUUGCUGAAAUCCAGAUAAACCACAUUCCCUCCCAUCUAGCCACCUCGAGACCUUAUAGAAUUCCAGAAGAUUCAUCUGGCAAGACCCGUUUUUAGUGUUACUUGCUAAAUGUUAAAACUAUGCCUAAAUCAGUACCUGAUGUUAACUCAAGCCAUUACCUUUAGUAGUCAUCUACUUUUAGUUGACAUCUCCAGUACAUACUUAAUAUAGUCAAAUACUAGAACCUAAGAAUGUGAUUUCUGUAUGCUUUUCAUGUGUCCAGUUUUGUUACGUUACCUCUAGAAGCCAUGUUUGUGUACUGUUAUGUCAAGUGUGAAGUGAACACAUCCAGUGCUAACAUUUUAUACAUGGAUCAACCAACUUGGUCAUUGCUUACCUUGAAAGAGUACUAUUUUACAAUCUGUCCAUUUCAUUCCUGAUUCUUUUACAGGAAAUAAAGAAUUAUAUUGCCAA